GGGGCCAGCCCCACCGCUCUCCCGGGCGGCCGCUGUGCGAAGCGGGCACGCGCGGACCCUGCACCGGCCGCGGAGCCGCUAUGGGCCCGCCAGGCCCCUGGCGUGGCGCGGCGCAAGAACCGGCUCGGAGCCAGGAUUGAAACUCCCGAGAUGGAUGAUCAGGAUCCUGGGGGCAUUAGCCCCCUUCAGCAAAUGGUGGCCUCAGGAGCUGGGGCUGUGGUCACCUCCCUCUUCAUGACACCCCUGGAUGUGGUGAAGGUCCGCCUUCAGUCUCAGAGACCCUCGGCAGCCAGCGAACUGACAACUCCCUCCAGAUUCUGGAGUCUCUCCUAUACCAAAUCACCCUCUGCUCUGCAAUCCCCAGGGAAGUGCCUCCUGUACUGCAAUGGGGUCCUGGAGCCCCUGUACCUCUGCCCAAAUGGUACCCGCUGUGCCACCUGGUUUCAGGAUCCCACUCGGUUCACCGGCACCUUGGAUGCCUUUGUGAAGAUCGCGAGGCAUGAGGGCACUAGGACCCUGUGGAGCGGCCUCCCAGCCACCUUGGUGAUGACUGUACCAGCUACCGCCCUCUACUUCACUGCUUAUGACCAACUCAGGACUUUCCUAUGUGGUCAGUCCUUGACCUCUGACCUCUACGCACCCAUGGUGGCUGGUGCCCUCGCCCGAAUGGGCACUGUGACCGUGGUCAGCCCCUUGGAGCUUGUGCGGACCAAGCUGCAGGCUCAGCACGUGUCUUACCGCGAACUGGCUACCCGCGUGCAGGCUGCGGUGGCUCAGGGAGGCUGGCGCUCACUGUGGCUGGGCUGGGGUCCCACAGCUCUUCGAGACGUACCCUUCUCAGCUCUGUACUGGUUCAACUAUGAGCUGGUGAAGAGCUGGCUGGGUGGACUAAGACCGAAAGAGCAGACAUCGGUGGGCGUCAGCUUCGUGGCUGGUGGCAUCUCAGGAAUGGUAGCUGCUACCCUUACCCUACCCUUUGAUGUGGUGAAGACACAGCGACAAAUGUCACUGGGAGCUGUGGAGGCUGUGAGGGGCCUUGAAUCUGUAGUGAAGCCACCGAGAGUUGACUCUACCUGGCUCCUGCUUCGGAGAAUCCAGGCUGAAUCUGGUACCAGGGGACUCUUUGCAGGCUUCCUCCCCAGGAUCAUCAAGGCUGCACCCUCCUGCGCCAUCAUGAUCAGCACUUAUGAGUUUGGCAAAAGCUUCUUUCAGAGGCUAAACCAGGAGCAGCCUCUAGGCCGCUGAAAGCUGGGAGCAGCCACCCCUUACACAGUGGGGACAGGAGACUGAGCCAAGUGCCUUCCCUCCCAGUCUGUCCCCCAGGUCUCCUCAGACCUGGAUCCCUGCUGUUCCCCCUCCUAGAAUUGCCCGCGCUCUCCCACCUCCGAGUUCAAGACCAAAUCUGACGAUCACCCUUCUUUGUAUCCAUCCCCUCUAUGUUAUAGCCUGGCCCCGAGGAGCCGAGAGCUCGGGCCAGGCAGGAUUCUCAGCCCCAUUCGUUUCUUGUCUAAAAAUGAUGAUCUCUCUGCA